UACACGGCAAUUAGUCAUCCGUAACACGCGACAACAACAACAAAUUACAAGAGAGACGCACAAAAUUUAGCAAAAAAAUCAGCAAAAUACGUGGAAGAGGCAUCAUAUUAACUCUGUUAAGCCAAGCUAACAAGGAUAGGGGAUUUUGAUGUGACAAGAUGGAGACAUAUUUAAUGAUGUUAUAUGUGACAUUAGAUCAAGAAUCAGCCCUUAAACAGCUCUUUGAUGAUAAUGGCUGGCCAUUUUGUAAGCUGGAUUUAUCAGUUACAACGGAUAAACUUGGUCCUGCUAGAAAAUUUAAAGUAAAGAGACCAGCAUCACCAGUCAUUUUGGGUAAGAGAAAGGCGACCUCAUCUGCUAGACUUGCUCCAGCAGUAAAGUUGGUGAAAAUUUUAGCUGGAAAAUGCGGAAAGCCAAAGGAAGUGAACAAUUUACAAGUAGUGUCACAAGAGUCACAGACAAGCAGCGUAAAUGCAGAAGACGAGAUUAAGAUUAAAAAAUCUUCAAAUUCUGACAUAUGUGAUGAUGAUGAUGACUUUGAUAAUAAAGAAGAGAUUAGUGAUGUGACGACAGAAAUGAAGAAUAGACAAGAUGGUGAAAGCUUUGAUGUGGCAGAUCACGAUGAACAAGCUGUAAGUCAAGAUGUUAAAGACAUUGCUAAUAAUGAUUUUGAUGAUGAUAUAAACAAUGAUUUAGAUGAUGUAGGAGAUGAGGAAAAUGACGACACUGAUGAUAGUUUUGAAGGAAUGAAUGACGAAGUUACAGAGGAAAAGUUAGAUGGUACCAAUGUUAGUGUUAAGAUUGAAGCACCGGGACCAAACACGAUGGAGCAAAGCAGUAUGGAGAAUUUUCCAAGUCAAACAUUUGACGAUGAACAAGAUUCAGAUGACGGCAAACCAAUCGAAAGUCAGGAAACAGUUGUGAACAGGUUACUAUCACAAAGUCAACAGCACGGUCAGCAAUAUAAAUGCUGUAUCUGUGGUAAGGUGAUUAAGAUCAAGUAUAACAUGAAGCGACAUCUGCGGACACACCUUCCUGAUCAGAUAAAAUGUAACUUGUGUAACCGUUUCUUCGAGAGUCGUGAAAAACAAGAGGAGCAUGAGAAAAAUAGGCAUUCGAAUCGUCACAUGUGCGAAACCUGUGGUAUAUCUUUCAAACGUAAGAGCGAUUUAAAUUCACACAUGAUUAAACAUGAAAGCGCAUUUGUACAAGAAACUUCUCCGAAUUGUUUUAAAUGUAUGCAUAAAGGUUGCGGUAAAUUGUUUUUCCGCCAAACAAACUACGAAUAUCAUUUAAAUACUCAUAGUGGCAUUAAACCUUACGAGUGCUCCAAGUGUCUAAAGCUGUUCCAUUCUAAAUACACAAAGAAUGAGCAUGAAAAAGAUUGCUUGAAUGAAGAAGGAUAUGGAUGCGAAAUGUGUGGAAGCACGUUUAAACAAAGAUCCGGACUUCAUAAUCAUAUGCAAGCGGAGCAUGUACAACGCGAGAAAGGAUUCUCGUGUGAAGUAUGUUCUCAGAUGUUUAAAUUCUUAUCGGGGUUAAUUCGGCACAAGAAAGAUAAACAUAAGCUCUCGGAUGCUUCUCAGCAGACGGACACUACUGCGGUUGAGACGAUGAAAAGCGAGUCUGCUGUAGAAACGCAAGCAGAAAUAAUAACACCAACUAGUAACACUGCUUUUAUUGUUGUAACUGAUAUUGAACCUGAGUCAAAGAAUGAUUUAGAAAGUGUUAACAAUGCUGAUGACAUUACUGUGAAUACAAGCGUCGUGGAAGAUAUUUCCGAGGCCAACACUACAGAGAUUAUAACAGCAAUGUCAGAGCAACAAGUGAUAGAAACUGGUACUGAUAUAAAUAUAGAAAGAGUGAUAGUAGUUCAUCAGGUAGCGAGUGAACUCCCUCAACAUUUAGACGAUGUUAAUCAUUAACUAAAACAGUUUUUAACAUAUUCAUGAAAUAUAUAUACACUUGUCCAGGAUAGGAAAAGUUUUUCCUUUUACGAUCAUUUGAAGUGCAUGCAUUAUGCACCAGCAGCUUUGUUCAUAAAGGAUCAGGUUCUAACUUCAUAUUUUUCAUACAUGAUUGUACUUUCAAAAUUUCUCCACAUCUGAAAAGUUUGAAUGCUUAAAAUUCAGGGUUUACUUGAAAUGGCAUAAGUUUCUCUCUCACAUUGUAUUUUCCUAGUAAAAGAUGAUUCAUUUAAUAUUGAUCUUAUUACCUCAAAUGGCACCCCUAUUAGAUUAAACAAAGGUAACUUUUUCCUUCUCAAUUUACAGGCAAUGAUUUUACACUAUGACCUGAUUGUUCUUUGACGAUGACCCAAUGACCUCAUAAUCUAUAGUGAUCAUCUACUGACAUUUGGUGAUGUCUAAACCUAGAUUUAUCCUUUCACAAGUUACUGAGGGAACAAAGAUUUCACACUUUGACAUUGACUUUUGACAUAAUCAUGGGUGACAAUCUGAAAAAUUGAAAAAUCUGAAGACAAAAAUAGCUUGGGGCUUGGGAUCACUAGGGCUUAGGGCAAAGUCCUGGUGAGGGGUCCAGAGUAAAAGCACCCAGGGAGCUGAGAUAAAAUAACAGAACAGAAAAUAUGGAAUCAUUUGAAAUAUACAUGUAUUCAUAAAUAAGUUAACACUUUGCAUAAAUUAUUGCAAAUCAUUUUCAAAUAAAAACCUUUAGCUUAAAUGAUAUGAAAACAGGCAUUUUUGGACCACUAUACAUCAUUAUCAUACAAUUGCAUGUAUGAAUAAAAAUACAAAUAUAUAAAUAUACAUACUGCAUAAUAACAUAACACAAGAAAUAUUUGUAAAUUUACAAUAGAAAUGGAGCCAUUUAUUAAAGUACAAAUAAGUCGAUAGGAAAUGAAAAUUCCGAGAACAA